CCACCUUUGCUAUCAUUGCUCUGUGGAGCCCUUAUCUUCCACACUUUUCUGACUCUCACUUGUUGUGUUGCUUGAUAUUUCUUUUUGCUGUGCUGUUUUCCAAUUUCAUGACACGAUACACGAUCGGUUCAGCUCAAAUUUCAAUUUUAAUUUCACUUCUACUUUCACUGUCACCAACUACCAAUCUUUAUCACCCACAUUUACUUAAGACAUUCGUAUAUCUAAAUAUACCUUAUUCUAAAACACUUUCAUCCACUUGUAUUCCAUCGCAAUCCAUUUGGCUUGGAUUGCAGCCCUUUCCUAUCUCGCCUAUUUUUUUUUGGCUGCUAUAUUUGUUCGCAGGGGGGAUAAAAAAACUGUAAAUACUGUUGAACGUAUUUCCAACAUUUCCAACAUUUUGAUGAGUCUAAAGUUUUAAUGGUAAAAAUUUGCACCAAAGCAAGAAAAAAGGACUUAUAAAUAU